CAACAUAAAAGUCCAGGUGAGGGAUCAGUAAAUACAACGUGCCUGAAAGGCAGGCCUUGAGCACAUUCCUCUGGUAGACAUUAACUUAUUAAAUUGACCCUGACUGCAAAUACAAACUUUGCCCCAUCUCACCUGGCAACCAUAAAAGAGGUGACUUUCAGUCUAUAAAAGCCAGUGGGAACCGUUGCUGGGUCCCAGGCUCCAACCACCUCCCUCCGGCAAGAUGUGGCACCUCAAACUCUUUGCAGUGCUCAUGAUCUGCUUGCUGCUGCUGAACCAGGUAGAUGGCUCCCCCAUACUGCAACUGAGUUCAACAAAGAGAAGGUCCCGGAGAAUGACCCCGUUUUGGAGAGGGGUCUCCCUCAGGCCCAUUGGAUCCUCUUGCCGGGACGAUUCUGAGUGCAUCACGAUGUUGUGCAGAAAAAGACGCUGUUCCCUGAGUGUGGCCCAGGAAUGAUGUACUAAUCAGGAGAAAAGAGGACAGCGCUCCCCUACAACAAUGCUCUGUUCUCUGCGAUACUGAUUAACUGCAUUUUGGCUGGAGACACUUAAGUGAAGCAGUCUUGUAUUUUUAAUAUUUAAAGACAGAUGUAUGCUUUAAACUGGUCUCUGUUUCUUCUUAGAAUGUUAUGUAGAUAAGCAUUACUAAACUUGUCAGUUUAGAGUUUAUUUUUCUAUGUAUAUUAUUAAAUGUCUCAAAAUUUUCGCAGUCUGGAAUUCAAGCUUUUCAGGGCUUGAAAAGGAUUCAUUUUGUAUGCUACAGAAAAAACCCCAGCAUUGCCCAAUAGCAGACUUCUCAAUCUGCAAACUGCAGUGAAAGUGAACACUUAAGAAACAAAGAACACGAUGAGAGGCUGAAAGACGAAGGUUUCCUAAUAGCCACGUGAUCAGCCUUGGCAAGUUCACGAGCUGUGGCCCUGGAUCCUGGCCCUUCACUCGGUGUCAGGACUCUUCAGUGAGGUGUCAGAGAUGGGCAGUGCUGGCAUUUGCGACCUGAUGACGUGCCCAAGUUUGUCGAGGACUGAACAGAAAGCAGAAUUGGAAGAAGAAUCUAGUUUAAUAAAACAAUAAAAGCCCAAGCCCCCAAGAACAGCAGAAAAGACUUCUUUUGAGAUUUUUGCUGGAGCAGGGCAAACUGUGAUCUAUGCAAAAGGACACAUGGCCAGCAAGUUCAGAAUUUCUGUAAUCAGGAAAUGAGAGCUGGACUGGGGGUCCAGACUUUUCAGGUAGAGUAGCAGUGGGCACUCAGGUACAAAGCAGAAAUUACACUGAAAAGGCAAAGUAAGAGUUGAAGAAGUUUAAAGAGCACAGUGUUUAUAAACUUUAAUACAGAAAAUCUAUUUGAUAUUUAUUAAACUUAGUUUCUCCAGCUAUGGUUUGGCAUUAUACAAAGCAUCUUAAUGACACAGUAGAGUUAAAAAGAUCUUUACAAAUUGAAAUGUGAUACCCUUGUCUCCAAAUAUUUUAAUUGCCAUAAAUUUGUUUAAAAAUACACAUUAAACGCAUGUUUGACACUCUAAACUUUCUAUAAUCUCAAUACCACAAAAUACAUAUAAUAUACUAUACAGAUGUGGAAAAAUCUAGUUAGUAUAUAAUACUUUGCUCACCAUUAACAGCUUUAUUAUGUGAAAUGCACAUACUUAGAAAUCCUAGCUUUUGAGCCCCAAAGUACCUCUGAAAUUUUAAUGUAUUGCAACAAAUAAAAAUCACAGUAUAUAAUUGAAAUUUUGGUUGAAAAUGUCAGAUGCCUAAAUAUUUUGGAUAAAAGAAAUGUAAAACAAAGAUUUGGAUCAUGUACAAAAACAAAGGCAUCCUAACAGACACUAACAGUACCUUUCUGCAAAAUCAACAAGGCUUUUAAUUUAUCAGUGGCAUUACUUCCCCUCCAAAACCCUCCCCAAAUAUCAAACCGUUAUUCACCUAAUAGUUUUAAUUUCAAAUAAGAUAAAAGGAUUCAAUAAAUAUAUAAGCAUUUCCAUCCUCCAUAUACAAAAUUUCUUAAAACCAUUCAAAACGGAGGCUAGAUAGAAAUUUUCAUAACCGUGCUAACCAACCUCACAUCUGGUCCUCCCAAGUAGUGCCUUUUUAGGCAUUGCCAAUUGGGCCAGCUCUGGUGGUGAGCCCCGCCCGCCCCACCCCACCCGCAGUACUGUUGAACGCUCAUGUCAAUGAUUUGCCAGGUGUGUGAAUGUGCAUAAAGUUAUAAAAUGGGGACACUUCUUGAACAGCAACAACAAACUCAACAGUAUGGAUAACCAUGGCAGAGAUUUGAAAGGCAGCAUUUCCAAACAGAUAUUUUCCAGAGAGGAACAAUAGCAGGUAGAAAAUUCCAGUGGUUAAAAGCUGAAAAGAAACCCCACGUGGAAGCGGUAACAGGUCAAAAACUACAGAUUACUAGAAUUUCUGGGUGGGAACUUUUCUUCCCCAUGCUCAUUUAGAGAGCUUUUUUGUUUCUUUUUUAAGAACGGCAAUUUAUGCUUAGCUGAGCAAUGGUGGCACGGAGAGGUCAAUGCUGACAUUCCUAAAGUCAACUUCAUUACACAAUGAUAACCUUGGGCUGCUAUUUUAGGAUACUUAAACAUCCAGAAGACUCGGUUUAGACUUAACUGUAAUGCCUUAUUCUGUGACCAGAUUCCAUCAAAAGGAAGCGAUUAAGAUAUUUUUCCAUUGCUUUUCUAAAGACGGUGACUUCUUUUUAAUGAACCAUGUGGUUCCAAUGAAGAGAAUCAGCAUGUGCUUUACCUACUAGUAGUAACUUACUUCCUGUCACUUGUCAGCUUGGUUCUAAGGUCUAGAAGUCUAAACUGAAUCUCUCCAUUAUGGAGUAUGUGAAAGAGAAGCACGUAAAGAACAUGACCAACUUGGUCUGUUCCUCUACAUACUCGAAAUCAGUUGAUACUUAGCUCUCUUCUCUUUAUUUUACACAAUAGCAACCUUAGAUGUGCAGUGUUAUUACUGGAAAAAAGUCUACCUCUCCAACACGUUAAUAUGUGAAAUCAAAAUGAAAUCUGUGCUCCACAUAAUUAGGGAGUAUGGGUGAUAGGAGUCUACAUGGAUGUGAAAUGCUUUGCUUCCCAAUUUAAUUAGCUUAAAGAAAAAAAAAGAUCAUCACAAUCUGCCUAAAACAGUCAUUCCCAUUGGAUGUUCCUGGGACCCAGAGGCAAACUCCUAUAAUUCCAAAUACAUAAUGAGGCCAUUUUAUUCAAUUAGCAACUGGAAAAUUAAAAUCCUUCCCACCCUGUAAGAGCCCUAUUAUACUACAGAAGGGCUCAAAUAUAUUUUAAAAGUUAAUUUACUACAAAUCAUAGUAAUUAAGCUUUAACAAUCUAAAAGGAAUACACAUUGCACCCCUGAACAUUAAUAUUCAAGGUGUCAACAAGAAAGUGUCUUAGAUCAAUUUAAUAAAUAAUGUGGAAAUAGUUGCACUAAGCUAAAAUACUAAACACACACAUUUUUGACAAACUAAUUUCAUGUUUUCAUACAUACAUACAUAUAUAUAAAGUGUGUAUGUGUACAUAAUUUUAAAAUCCAAAGCUGCAUACCCUCACACCUAGAAGAGUGCACAGUGUACCUCCCCUCUACACAACUAGGCAUCACUGACUGGAGCGACCACUGGCUGCCCUUAAACUCCAGAGCGCUGCCAGCCUCCAGAACCAGAACUUUCAUUUAGAACAGGUGCCUUCUGUAGGCUCUUGCUUCACAAUGCAAGCUCACUCAAUGAAGAGAAGUUCCCAAAGUUUCUGUCAUUAAAUACAAAAUGAUGCUUGUCUGAUUUAGCUGAUUAAACCUUUCUUUAAUAAAAAGAAACAAACAACAAUUAAAAACAACAACAACAGUGAAUCUAAUAAAGCCACAAGUGAAUGCAAAGUGCGGCCCAGAUGCCUAUGGACCCAGCAGUGGGAGAGCUAGCCAGAGCACGGGCAUGUGUGGGCACGUGCACACAUUACUCUACACUGCUUGUGCACUGGAGAAUUAAAUCGUGAUGGUCAACCUUCUCCACUCUUCAGCAACUAUAGCUGAAGAUUUAUCUGGAGUACUCAUUGCUUAUAAAGUUAGUUCUUGGCUACUUGCUCAGGAAAAGGUGGCACUGAGGCAAGAAACAGGCUGAAUGCUCCCCAGCCAGACCGGACCCGGGCUGGAUUGUGGCAGGUGAAUCACUUGGAGGUGAGAGCUCCCCACAGCCCAGCCCAGGCCGGGCAAAACCACCACGUGACAACUUCAUCCACUGUUCACCGGCUGCCUGUGAAGAGGCCGGGGCUGUAGGCUGCUGCCUUCUGGCAUACAAUGUGGUCUUAAAAAGCAGUCAACAGAGUGAUUUUUUUUUUUAAAGAGUUGCUAUUUCUAUAAUUAACUAUAUAUUAAGUACAAGUCUCAGACGAAGUCAGUUUUUAGCCACUUGUCAAAUUCAGUUUUAAAUGGUUAGAGAACACUGAAGACACCUAUUGAGGAAGGAGGAAUGGUGGCAUAUAAAGGGAGUCCAAAGUAUGUGCUGGAGCAGAUGAAGACGCAGACAACUUUUGAGGAGAUGGACACAGAAGAAAGGGAGUGUGUGUUUCCACAGACUAUGACACUGAAAAUUCAAUUAUUUAGGACAGGAUUUUGAUCCAUUGCCCAUUACCACCUGGUGGGAAAAUCCCUGCCCACACUGAAAAGCUUGAAAAAUUCAUUUCCAAAGAAUUAACACAGUUUCAGAGAGAGAAUUAACUUAGAACAGCACCAUAAAACAUGCAGGAAACUAUGUUUUCACAAAAUACCAGUGUGACCCCAGAAACACUCCUGCUGCCUUUCAGGACACACAAGAGAUCAGAAUGCACUGGAACUCAGAGGUGCCCCACGGGCUGCCGCUGCUGAAAGAUUUAUCCACUUCUAAGACUUCACUGCCAAGUAAGGAAUCAGAGUAACAGCACUCAGAGGACAGGACACACCUGUACUCGAUGAACAGGGGCAAGUGUCUUACCGAGUAACUACCCUAGUCACUGAGAAGUUGUCCUCUAAAGGAAAACUGUUCCUAAAACAUGGGAUAACAUACUAAUAAGAUUAAGUUAGAAAGAUUUCAGAGGCAAUUUCUCCAAGAGAAAAAGAUUAAAUUCAGCAUAAUUUCUAAAUUCCAAUUCCCAGCGACAUGCAAAAACCACCUGAGGUACAGAACAGUUCAAAAGCUCUGUAAAUAUGAAGCCACAGGACAAUGAAGGUUCACUAGCUUCAGGAAUAAGCAUAAAAAAGGCUCAAAUAGAGGAUUCACUGCACCACUGGGCUUGGGGAGAUUUUCUAUCCUUUCUUUCCCACUUCAAACCUUAGCCAUCAUCUAUAAAUAGCAGGGCAAUCCUUUUUUCUGAUUGGAUGAAUUCAUUUUCGGAAUGGGGAGAAUGACAAUUUUUCUGGAGCAGCCAUUACCCAGUUAGACUAAGUCAUGUACCAAAGCGUUAGCUUUUCUGAAAUAAAUUCAUCUUUAUGUGACCCUAAAGGAAGAUUAAAAAAGAAAGAGAAUUUAACAUGACUACUGCCAAAGACCAGCCACACUGGGUGAUCUGGUCCUAGUGUAAAACUUCAUCUGUAAACAAUCCAUAGAGUUCUCAUUCAAAGGUAAGAUUUAAGGCACACCAGACAUGAUAGGGGCACAUGAUAGGGGCAUGAUAGAGGGUACAUUUCUCACCUUUGACUCCGAUAUGCACCUUACAGGGAAAGGUACUUUGAUAUACAACUCUUACAGAGCUGGCUUAAGCUCUACCCUUGCUCCCCUUCCCUUCCCACGAGGGCUAACAUUGAACCAAAUUAGGUACUUUUCUAGUGUGAAUUUUCUGAUCCCAUCAGAAACAUAAAUCAUUGAUGAGGGCCUUCAUUAUACAAAGGGAGUCAGUACAAGACAAGUUUAAAAGGAGAACUUCAUCUCUACCUCAGGCAUUAUAACCUUAAAUUGUAUAGCAAAAGCGCCCACAGCGAAGCUCCAGCCCAUUCCUGCGUUAGUCACUGCACGCUCCUGUGAGCGCAUCACAAUCUAGUGUGGCAAAAACAUUUUACAAAUAAGAAUUCUGAAGAGAGAUUUAACCCUUCAAACAUCAUCACUGAAAGAGAUAUAGGCAGCAACCCUCAGGAGGUGGAUCAUCCUUUGUUCCACAGUAACUUACUGUUUUCAAUUAACCGUCAAAUUAUUAGCAACAAAAAAAGAACACAUGGUUUUGAUAAAAUCCAUUAAGUUCAAGAUUGUCCUUUUAUGAAACCCUUCACAUGAUACCCUUCUCCUAGAAAGUUCGCCUGCCCUCCUUUGUAAUGCAUUAAAUGCAAGCUACAGUCACCUUGUGAUUGCUAUAGUGUUAACACACAUUCACAGUUCCUGAAAUAAUGCAUACCGAAUCAGACACAUUUCAUCUUCUAUCUGUAGAAUGCCAUCUUCUCAUAUUUAAAUGAUUUUUCAUGUGUAGAAGAAUAUCCUUAAUACUAAGCAUAAAUUCUGCAAUAAAAUUGUAGUUAAGAUUUAAAAUAAUAUCAGGUAGCAGGUAUAGAACACGUCCAUAUUUUAGAUGAACCAACUCUUACUCUUAGAAGAGCUACCACAAAAAGACAUUAGGUAACAAAGCUCCCCAAGUAUAUAAAUAAAAAAUGCCUACCUUAAAUUUACGCUAAAUGUUCAACAGAGUAAAUUUAUAGGCAGAAAUAACUAAGUUUUAAACUAGCCCCAAUCUGGGAACUUAAAAAAAAUUAAAAUAAAUAGAAUUUCAACUGAUUAGUUAUGAACUGCAAUUGGAAUUUCAAUCUUAUUACAGAUCACUGAAACCGUCUUAUCAAUGUGCUGCAGAUUUAAAAACAUUUAAAUAACUCUUCAUAUUGGGAAUAUUAAAGGGGUCAACUGACAUCAUGGCUUUGGGUUAUAAAUAACAACAACACAUGAACCAGGGAGGAGAAAACCAUUCCUCAUUCUUAGUGUCGACUAGGUGUCAUGUUAUGGCAGUUUUCCUUCGUGAUGUGACACAGUGUUGUGGAGAAAAUCAGAGGCAACGAGGAUGUGUUCAGUUC